AUGUCUUCUCUCUCCCUCUCUCUCUCUCAGACACAGAGAGAGAGAGAGAGAGAGAGGGAGAGAGAAGGAGAUAAAUAUCUAUCUAACUAUCUCGAUUUAUUAAGCGGUUUUUGUAUCUCAUAUCUAUCUAUCUAUCUAUCUAUCUAUCUAUCUAUCUAUCUAUCUGUUUGUCUGUCAGGUAGCAUUGACUCCCAUAUCUAUCUAUCAGGUGGUUUUGAAUCUCAUAUCUAUCUAUCUAUCUAUCUAUCUAUCUAUCUAUCUAUCUAUCUAUCUAUCUAUCUAUCUAUUACGCGGUUCUUUAAUCACAUAUCAAUCUAUCUGUCUACCAGGUGGCUUUUGGAUCUCAUAUCUACCAAUCAAUCUAACUAUCUGUAUUUAUUAAGCGGUUUUUGUAUCUCAUAUCUAUCUAUCUAUCUAUCUAUCUAUCUAUCUAUCUACCUACCAGCUGCUGUUUUUGAAUGUCAUAUCUAUCUAUCUAUCUAUCUAUCUAUCUAUCUAUCUAUCUAUCUAUCUAUCUACCAGUUGGUUUUGGAUACUCAAAACUUUCUAUCCAUCUAUCUAUCAGCUGUUUUUGAAUGUCAUAUCUAUCUAUCUAUCUAUCUAUCUAUUAAGCGGUUUUUGAAUCUCAUACCUAUCUAUCUAUCUAUCUAUCUAUCAGGGGAUUUUGAAUCUCAUAUCUAUCUAUCUAUCUAUCUAUCUAUCUAUCUAUCUAUCUAUCUAUCUAUCUAUCUAUCUUCAGGUAGCUUUGGAAUCUCAUAUUUAUCUGUCUGUCAGGUGGGUUUUGAUUCUUAUGUCUAUCUAUCAAACGGUAUUUGUAUCUCAUAUUUCAUAGAAUCCUGA